GCCGAGGACUUGGGGCGCGAGGGCGCGUUGUUGUUGUUUAUAGUAGUGCCUUGCUGUAGUGAAUGUUCUCCACUGCAGGUGUAGUUUAAUAAAGUUUUCUGUGGUUAUUUUUGAUUGCCAAGCCUGGAUAAUGGCACCUGCAGUACAACGUAUCUAUGGUUUUUGGGGAGAACCAACUUCAACUUUGGACUGGUGCGAGGAAAAUUACGUCGUUACCAACUUUGUAGCUGAAUUUUGGAAUACAAUUAGUAACUGGAUGAUGAUAGUACCACCAGCAUUAGGGCUACUGUUGACCUGGCAGACAAGAAAUGAAUUGCGAUUCAUGAUAGCUUUUCUUUCCCUAUUUAUGGUUGGAAUUGGAUCACUUUGUUUUCAUGCAACAUUACUCUUUGAAAUGCAGCUGCUUGAUGAACUACCAAUGAUCUACUGCAGCUGUGUUUUCCUCUUCUGCAUAAUUGAGUGCGCUUCGACCUCUGGAAAAAACCACAAGGCACUUGUUGUUUUUCUUAUGUUUAUCAGUCUGCUCAUUUCUGUGGUUUACAUGACCAUCAAAAAUCCACUCUUAUUUCAGUGGGCUUAUGGAAUAUUAGUGGCAUGUGUUACACUUCAAGCUUUGGUCAAAUGCAGGUAUCUGAGGGACAAAGCCUUCACACCAUUUCAGCUGUUUACCCAACUACAUGCAGUAUGGCACCUCUUAGCAGGAAUUGGCUCCUAUUAUCACAUUUUAUUUAGCCUUGAUCUUCGCAUGAGAUGCAAAAGAAAAUCACCAAAACUCAUGCUUGUAUGGGGAUGGCUUCCUUACAUUUACUCCUCUGAAAAGACAGUCAACAAUAACAGUGAAUGUAAGUCUGUCCCAGUGUCUCUCUACCAGAUGGUCUAUAGCUACUCAAGAAGCUGGUAAGAAGAGUAAAGGGUAUGAGGCCUUUUUAAAUGGGAGAGAAACUUGUGGAUUCAGACUACUCCAAUCUGGUUCUUCUUUUACUGAAAAUCAACUAGACCCUUGUGCAGUAAAAGGCACACAAAAUCAAGUUUAAUGAAAUAUAGUGGUGUAGGCAGAAUUAAGCAAUUGUUAAUAUAUAUAACAGCAUUAUGUGGCUACUUAACUCUUCUUUCUAAUUGGUGGCCAACAAUCCUGAUAAUACCUCAUGGCUUCUCGAGGCUUGUCAAUUCAUGUUAUUGCCCCUCCUUACUUGCCUUGCCUUGCCCGGCAGGGUAGCAAUUAAGAUUCAUUGGGUAGUAGAAUAUUUAGAGGUUAAUUUGUUUAGGUGUGAUGUUCUCUCUUCUAGACCAUGUCCUGCAUGUAUGGGCUAAACUAAACUUCUCUUUAUUACUGAUAAACAAUGAAAUAAUGCCUAAGGGAAUGAAACGUGGUCUAAAAGAGGAAUUGUGGUUGGGUUUGUAGUUUAAGUUUAGUGUGAAUUUAGAUGUGUGGAAAUUAGAGAUAAUCAUUUAGGCGUGGUAUAGGGUGUGUAGUAAAUCACUAGCACUGCACGAUAUUUUUCAUAAAAAAUUAAGAUUAAAUCUGGUGCUGAAACAAGCAAAUCAUCAUUAACAGAACAUUAUCAGCUAGUUUACGCUUCAUUAUCACAAACUAUGGUGGUAGACAGUUGUAUCGUCUACGUAUUUAAACAUAUAAGAGACAAGAAGGUGUUCAAACUUCAUUCUGAAACUGAAAAAUCAGUUCCCCUGUUUAAUAGAACUCAGCAUAUCCAAACUAGGGUGAAAUGAACAAAUUUAUAACAAUAAGGUCCCAUCCAGAGUUGGGAUAAAGGAUGCGAGGGCCUGGGGAAAGUAGGCUUAUGACGUAGGACAUUGUAUUCUAAAAGCCAAUCAAAUAGGGAGAUCAAACUAAGCAAGUUAAAAGUAACACGUGUUUUAGUAUCUUUUGAAAAACCGCUUUACUUGUUGGUUUAUCGUAUCGGCAUUAUUUAUGUGUGUUUAGGAUAUACUGUAGGCUUUACCAAUAUUUAGAAUUAACGAUACAAUUGGGUGUAUUUUAUAA